AUGCCUGUAGCUCGCGUCCCGCUGGACGUCGCUGUCAUCAUGUCAACAGUUCUGGAAGGCAUUUUAUACGGCUUCUCAGCUCUCAUGUUUAUAGGUACCAUCUGGAUGUUCACCUACAAACAUCGCAUGCGGGACGUCAAUCGUCCAAUCGCUGCGGUUGCUACCCUGUUGCUCGUACUGAGUACUGCGCACAUAAUCGUAGGCAUCAUUCAUCUUGAGGAUGGACUGGUGAAGUAUCGCGAUACGUUCCCAGGCGGUCCAGCGGCGUUUUUCGCAUACGCUCCGCAACCAACAUUUGUGGCUAAGAAUGCCAUAUACAUAUUACAAACCCUGGUUGGCGACGGAGUGGUUAUUUAUCGAUGUUACGUUGUUUGGCAAUCUGUCUGGAUUAUCGUCAUACCAUGCAUAAUGUGGUGCGGUGUCGCAGCGUGUAGCGUUUGUAUGGUCUACUCCUUUUCGCAAGCGUCGAUUAGCGAUGUCGAAAAUUUCUUCACCAGCAAGCUUGGACAUUGGGUCGCAGCAUUUCUUACAUCCACACUUGCAACGAAUGUGUUGAGUACCGGAUUAUUGGCAUAUCGUAUCUGGAUGGUCGAACGCAGGGUCUCUGCAAUUCGCGUUACGAAGGGCAACAUGCCUAUAUUGCGCGUGUUCAUCGAUGCUGCUAUUAUGUACUCGGCAGCGCUUUGCUCCUCACUAAUAUGUUUCGCUCUCGCAAAUGAUGGCCUAUAUGUCAUAGGAGACGUGAUCAACCCGAUCAUUUCCAUUGCCUUCUACAUGGUGUUUAUUCGCGUCGCCACCAGUCGAAACGAUAAAAAUUACAUUUCGACUGUCGGUGGUGGGACAACUGAGACAGAACGAAGCACAUCACAACGAUACCCCAUGAAUAAUACGUACAGGCAGAAUGAUAUACCCUUCUUGGUUGAUAGCCCGGAACUAGAAGGGAAACGUCCAGUAGUGUAG